GCGAUACACAGCUCGCGGCCAGUACAAUUCUUGUGUUGACAUUACGCCCGCGCUUUUAAACAGCAAUUUACUGUGUUGAAGCUCCUAUUUAAGUCAGAAUUUGAUGCUCUUUAAUGCUGUGUCGUUUGUCAAAGUGUUCCGGGAUGAUGUUUGUAGAAGUGUAACGUCAGCAGAGCCGGUAAAUGUCAGACACUCAAAGCUAGCCGGUGUUAGCUUGUAGCCGGUGGAUGCCGGGUGAUACUCCAGCCUGGCUAACGGUUACAGCCUUAGUCUGUGGGUAAAACACACUACAUUUAACCUUUAUUGGCUCAGAGAGAUGCCGCCUAACAAACGGAUUCACAAGAAAACACUAAAAUUGGACUGUGAAUGGAGCUCGUGCCCGGAGUCGUUCAGUCGGAUGGAUAACUUCUGUAAGCAUGCAGAGGGUCAUCUCAGUGCUCUGAACAUGGCGGAAGAGGACGAAGAGGAAACAGAAGGGGAGAGAAACUGUCUCUGGAAAGACUGUGGUUUCUGCUCUGUGGAGGGUGCUGAGGAGCUGCGAAGACAUCUCUUCUUUCAUUGUUACCAUACUAAGCUGAAGCAGCUGGGUCAGCAGGUGCUUAAUGCCCAGCCAGAAAUUGGCACAUGCUCCAUCGGGUACCAGAACCGAAACAUCAUCCCUGAAAUCCCAGACAAUUUCAUCUGUCUUUGGGAGGAGUGUGAGCAACCACCCUAUGAAAACCCGGAGUGGUUCUAUCGCCAUGUGGAGAUGCAUAGCCAGUGCAUAGAUAUACCAGCAGGAGACUGUGAAUUCCCAAUACGCUGUGGAUGGAAAGAUUGCGAAGCCACUGCUAAAGGGCGUCCUAAGCUUCGGGAGCAUCUGCGCAGCCACACCCAGGAGAAGGUUGUGGCAUGUCCAGGCUGUGGGGGGAUGUACGCUAACAACACCAAGCUGUUUGACCACAUCAUAAGACAGAGCGCCAUGGAAGGUCAGAGAUUCCAGUGUUCUCACUGCUCCAAACGUUUUGCAACGGAAAGACUACUGAGAGACCACAUGAGAACCCACGUGAGCCACUACAAAUGCCCGCUGUGUGACAUGACUUGUCCGUCACCCUCCUCGCUGCGCAACCAUGUGAAGUUCCGCCACAGUAACGAGAAGCCGUACAGCUGUGAAUACUGCGAGUACAGCUGUAAGAAUCUGGUAGAUUUGCGCAAACACCUGGAUACACACAGCAGCGAGCCGGCGUUUCACUGCGACGUUCCUGGCUGUGGCUUCACCGCUCGAACUCUCAUCACCAUGAAGAUUCACCACAAAAGAGAGCAUGAGGGGAAGUUUGUAGCUCGCUACAAGUGCCACGUGUGUGAUCAGUGCUUCACCCGUGGCAACAACCUAACUGUUCAUCUGCACAAGAAGCACCAAUUCAAAUGGCCCUCUGGACACCCCAGGUUCAGGUACAAGGAGCACGAGGACGGCUUCUUGCGGCUGCAGCUGAUUCGCUACGAGAGUGUGGAACUGACAGAGCAGCUAAUGAGGGAAAGACAAAGCAGGCAAGCAGAUGAGGACGAGGACAGUGGCCAGACUGAAGAAGAAUCCCUGGGGGCAGCUCCCUCAGAGCUGCAGGUAGAACUAAGAGGGGUGCUGCUGGAGGAGCAGAGGACUGAGGAGCCAACAGCCAGCGCCGAGGAGGGCGGUCAGGAAGAGGGCAUGCUGUAUGUUCUCGCUGGAGGUUUGUCACAAGCAGGGGAGGACCAGGUCAUGCAGCAACUCUAGGAUACUCAUCAGCAGCAAGGAAUGUAGGUAGUUUGACUGCCAUGUAUACAUCAUAUACAUAACAGGACAUAAUGUAGUCAGCUGUGUUGUUUCACAGAUACAUGACAUAUGACUGAAAACGCAAAACUUCUGAGCCUUUAAUCUGGAGGCACUUAAUAAUGAUAAAUCAAAACAUCUAAAUGAAGGGAUGUGUACUCCAUGAUAACUCAUCUUGAUCACAAGCUUAUGUUAGGUAAUGCUAAUAUCUGUUUGCAAAUGUUGAGCACGUGGACAAACUGUUUCCCAGUAUUUAAUUAUUUACAUUUCACUCAUUAUACCUCAUACUGUAACGCCUUUAGACAGAUGGAUACUAAUGCUACACUGCCUAGUGGGUUGUCAUCCUCUUUUUAAUGUGAAGGCUGUGUCAAAUUCAGAGGCACAUCAGCCACAUAUUUUUGAAGGUUAAGGGAUUGAGUCACAAGAAUGGUGUGUUUUUUAUUUAUUUGGAUAAAUAAACUUUAAAAAUCACGUUUAAAAU